GUCAUCAGUGAGCCCAGCUGGUGGCUGCAGACAGGCUGACACACUUUCCCAUUCACACCGCCUCAUGCAGCUGUAGGCUGCUCGAAGCCAGCAGGUGGUACUGUACCGCCCGCCGUGUCCCCCUGUGGACGUGCUGAGAACAGGAGAGAGCAGCGACCACCAGGACGACGUCUGAACAAGUAAAGACCAGCUGGAUCUUCCCCGAUCGAAAAUGGACACAGGUGGGUGUUCAGGCUUCCAGCUCAGCCGCUUGGCUUCCUCCGGGUUGUGAGUGUCCGCGCUCCGCAGAGGUGAUCGGCGGAGCCCGUAGCCUGGACGGGACGGAGCUGACACUGUGCCCGCUGCAGCCUGUAGUGAAAGCUCCCCCCUGGAGAACAAAGCAGGAAUAAAGCUUCCUGUAGCUCCGAGUGACGGAAAGAGGAGACUGACCGGGGCAGCAGUGUCAGAUAACACUGAGUCAACGGGGUUUACACCGAAAUGGGAAAAGAAGUCUGGCUCGGCUUGUAAGAUGUUUCCUCACCACAGAGAAAGGGAUCAGCCGAUCUUCAGCACCCGGGCUCAUGUUUUCCAGAUCGACCCUGCCACCAAGAGGAACUGGAUCCCUGCCAGCAAGCAUGCCGUCAAUGUGUCUUUCUUCUAUGAUGCCAACCGCAGUGUCUACCGCAUCAUCAGUGUGGGUGGCACCAAGGCGAUUAUCAACUGCACUGUUACCCCCAGCAUGACGUUUACUAAGACGUCCCAGAAGUUCGGUCAGUGGGCUGACAGCAGGGCCAACACUGUCUAUGGUCUGGGCUUUGCUACAGAGCAACAGCUGCAUCAGUUCUCGGAGAAGUUCAAGGAGGUGAAAGAUGCCGCUCGUUUGGCACGAGGAAAGUCGCAGGAUAAAGAACUGGUCAACACAGCUCUUACCAUCGCUGCUCCUCAGUACUCACAGGACCUCUCGGAUGAACUUCAGUCUCCACCAGUGAUGUGUGUGAAUGGACCGGAGGACAAGCUGUACCGCAGCCAGAGCGCGGACAUCACCCUGUCUUCUGAGAAGGAGCGCAUUAAAAAGAUGCUCUCUGAAGGGUCUAUUUGUGACAUGAAUCUGGAAGCUGAGCUCUUCGGUCUGCAGGACAGCAACUCUAAGUUGGUGGCAGCUUUACACGAGGCUAACGCUAAUGUAGAGCAGUGGAAGAAACAGCUGGCAGCCUAUCAGGAGGAGACUGAGAGGCUACGAGAACAGGUGGCAGAUCUGGAGGCCCAUGGAGCCCAAGGCCCCAGUGACCUGCUGAAGGAUGAGCUGACUCAGUCCCUGGAGGAGCUGGAGGCCCUGCUGAAGGCCAAAGAUGAGGAAAUCCAUAUUUUACAAAGCAAGAAAGCAGAGUAUCACGAGAUGGAACACGCCAGGGAUGAGGCCAUACGCAGAUUUCGGGAGAUGGAGAUGCGUAAUGCAGAGUUGGAGCGGCGCAUCCAGAACACAGAGCAGAACCUGAGUAACUCUCUGGAGGAGCGAGAUCGCAUGGACACUGAGAUCCAGAGGGCCAUUGAAAUACUGGACAUAAAGAUCUUUGACCUUAACGACCUCCGCCAGAGCCUGGUUAAACUCCUCGAGAAAUAAGAAGCAAAAACACAAUCCAUGAGAGAGAUGCAACAGAAGGCAGGGUUAUAUAUGUUGUGGCCAUGGCAGCGGGGGAGUAAACACAACAACAUGGAGCUGGUCCCUGUCCUCUUCAAGCACAAGAACCACUUCAACUGCAGGAAGGUUACUCCAUGUACUCCGUGUACUGCUGCGCUCAGCAGGAUGCUGUAGGUGUUUGCCAAAGCAGCGGCAGCAUAUACAUGGUAAAGCUUGUCCAGUUUAAUGUAACGCUUAAUGUUGCUUUCAAGGGUAACUUUCAAUGCAAUAAACCAUCUUUAAGGUAAGUGCUUAACAGUGCUAGACAGUUCAUGUUGGGACCUGGUGCUUGUAGUUUUUCAUAACUUUAGUUAAAAACACAUGCAGUGUCAAUAUGAGCAGUUAGGGGCCUUGUUUUUUUUUUUGUUGUUGUUUUUAUUUUGCAACAGACAGGUCAUAUUAAACAUCUUUACAACAAAAUGAGUCCACACACUAUGGAAAAGAACAGCAGCGAAAAGAGAAUGCAAAUAAAAAAGCAAAGACAAAAUUACCAUUUAGAGACAAAUGUGCAUAGUUAACAACUCGCAUACAACGUAAUUAUUACUGAACUGAUUUGUGCAGAAGUAGCAACUAUAAUGAAGGGCAGAGUGCUUCUAGGUAGUGGUUUGCCACUGCAAUAUGCAAUGACAUAUAUUCAAGGUCAGUGAAAUAGUAUGCUAAUAGUGUUUGAUAUUAGGGUAAGGCAUGGACACGCAACUUGAACUUAAAAAGUAGAUCUGAAUAUUGACACCAAAGACCAAAUGUUAGGAGCAGAGUCACUGAGAAGGUCUUUCAGCAGCUCAUCUAUUAUCACAUCUUCACUUAAGCUCAUAAGGAACCUUCAUAUCCAAAUAAUUUAGAGUAACACUUAAGUACAUGGCAAUAAGUAGGCUUUAUUAUACAGUUAAAAUUAGGGGAAAUAAGUGUUUUCCAAGUAAGUUAAUGUAAUAAUGCUAUGGUAAUUAGGUAACAUAAGAAAGUAAAGUCAUCACUUUGUCUUAGUAAUGUUUGGACUAGCCUGGUCUGAACAAUCGUCCUGUGCACCAUCCCUUCACGAACCACCAACUUAGUGAAUUAUUUAUAAUAGAGCCACAUCUUAAUAGACAUGUCGCUCUGAUUGGUGUGCACCAUUUAAGGAAAUUUAAGAGAUAUUUUCUGCCUUCUGUCAUUUUUCAGCACAUUACUUUAGCUGUGGACAGUGCUAUAACUUAGGCCUUGAGAGUGCAGCUGUGCUGUGUGAAAACCAGAAUGUCUUCUUCACAGUCUUUAUAUCACACAGGCUGUAUUGUUUAACGAGGCCUGUUAUGCUAUGUUUGUAUUAAUCCCUUCAAGCCUUACUGUUCUAUUUUCAGGAUGUUGUGGACAAUGACACCAACUCUGUCUCAAACUUUGAGCUGUUGUCAUGACGGUUUGCAAAUAAAAGC